AUGCACGGAUCCUCCGUCGAGGAAAUAACAUCGGCGGCAGAAACUGACGGCCCUGAUGAAGAACCACCGAGGAGAGCAAAAGAAGCGGAAAAACUUAAAAUGAUGCUGUUGGCUUGGUCAGGUGGUAGAAAUGGUGAAAUACUACCAGAUGAUGUACAGGACGAAGCGAGCCAAAUUUGGGCUGGUUACCAUAAUGCGCUUUCGUUGUCCAAGCAAACUCCACCGAUCCGAUCGGUGAGAAAUAUCAUAAGAAAGGAAAAAUUUGGACAUUUGGAUGGAGAACCUAAAAAUCUCUUUUGGCAGCUCCCAAGUCCCACUCAGGAAACCGGAUCGGUCCAUGACGAGACUUCGUCAUCAGGUAACAAAGACGAUGAUGACGAUGAAGAAGAAGAAUGUGAAGAAAAGAUUGACCCGCUGAAAUAUGAUCCGGAGAGAUUGAAAGCGUUCAAUAUGUUUGUGAGAUUAUUUGUAGAUGAAAAUUUAGACAGAAUCGUACCGAUCUCGAAACAACCAAAGGAAAAAAUUCAAGCCAUUAUAGAUAGUUGUACGAGACAAUUUCCGGAAUUCAGCGAGAGAGCACGUAAAAGAAUUCGUACAUAUUUAAAAUCGUGUAGGAGGAACAAGAGGACAAGGGAAGGAAACGCAGCAUGGGAGCCGAGUCGUCCGACGCCAGCACAUUUGACAUCCGUACAAGCCGAACAAAUAUUAGCCCAAGCCUGCGAAAAUGAAUCUCAUAACGCAAAAAGAAUGAGACUGGGACUCGAGCCUGUGACGCAACCCAUGCCGGGAAUAACGACGGACACGAGUACCACGGUAAGAAGUUUGACGAACAACGAGGGAACAACAACAAGGGAAAGGGACCAUUACACUUCUCCGGUCAGUAGUACCAACACCGUUGAAAAACACAACAUAAAACACGAGCCAAACAGCGGAUCGGUAUCGCCAACUGUACAAAAUAAAACUUGCUCUCUCGAAGCUCUCGCGAUCGCGAGUGCAAAUAAUUUAAGUCCAAAUUUAUUAAACGGGUCAGCUCCUCCUGCUUCAGUGGCAGCAGCAGUUGCGGCAGCUGCAGCAGCACCAACGGCAAUGUACCGACCAAAUUUUUCACAAGCAUUUCAAAAAGCAGGAACGGGUGGCGGUGGUGGUACUACCACUUACACAACACCCGGAUUAUUUUCAUUGCCGUGUUCUCUUACAAACGGUACUAGACCCACGGAUUUAAGCAUGAAAAAUAAACCUCUUUUAACUCAUAAAUUGAAUCCAGCAGAAAUGACUGCCGUAAGACAGUUGAUAACCGGAUACAGGGAAAGUGCAGCGUUUCUAUUAAGAUCCGCUGACGAACUUGAACAAUUGCUUAGAAAUCAGUAA